AUGUCGUUGACCAAGACCACUCUUGUAUUUGCGAAACGCACGAUCCCGCUCGAGUGCGAUGUGUAUUCCUCUGCUGAAUACCCACUCACAGCUCCCGUCUUCCUGUACUUCCACUCAGGUGGCCUCGUGAGCGGUUCCCGGGAAUGUGUGCCGCCUUGGCUUGUACAAGUCUGCUUCAAGAAUCAAUGGACUCUCAUCAGUGCGAGCUAUCGGAUGCUUCCCCAGGCCAAAGCUUCAGGUCUGCUCCAAGAUGCCACCGACGCUUACUCCUUUGCCCUACGCUGGGGAAUCACAAAUGAACUUGCCUCAAACCGAAAAGUGAUUGUAGGUGGAUCGAGUGCGGGUUUCUUCGUCGCCUCUCUGACGGCUCAUCACCUCCGCCCGACUCCUAUUGCUCUGUUAUCAAUCACCGGCAUCACUACUUUUCGUCAUCCAUAUUUCAGUUCUUCAGUCUUACUUACCCCGGAACCCAUAACUGAAGCACAAAUGAGCCAUCACUUAUCCGCACCGGUAUCCAUAGGAGUGACAUCCGCAAACAAUCCACAGGUCUUCCAUAUCGAAAAGAUCCUUCCUGAUGGCGCCAGGAAUACCGCAUUUGUAUUGCCUCCACUCCCCAUCUCAGAUGAUGGCAACUGCGAUGAGUUCCCCCGAGGAUGUCUUUAUGACUACUACCUUUACCGCAAUGAGUUUCUCAACCUUGUGGGUGAAGUUGACCCAGGCUACGAGUGGGCCGAAAGUGAGAGGGGAGAGAGUAGAGCUGCGGCGUGGCCACCCACGACCGUCAUACAAGGUGACGCUGAUGAAGAUGUCGAUCUCUCCGUGAGCACUCACAUGGUUCAUUGUCUCGGGGAGAGCAAGGUGAAGCUCUUCCUUGCUGAGGGACAGUCCCACCUUUACGAAGCGACGAGGUUCAUUGAAGACGAUGUGAGUGGAAUGGAUGCUGUUAGACAGGCGGUAUCAAAUCUGGAGGCCGACGUUGCUCGUGUCCUUGCCUGA